CCUGAAUGUGGCACUGCCGCUAUGAAUUUGUUUAUAUGUGUGAACUUAUUGGGACGACACACUGUGCUUCCUUUUGACCCGGGCGCAUGAUGCUGGUCAUUAGUCUUCUGGUAGCGUCGUUGCUGGUUCUCGGGUUGACUUUAUGGAAUGACGUGUUACUGUCUCGUAACCGGAGCAAGGUGCUUCCUUUAUUGAAUGAAGUGGUUGUGGCGCCAUGCACGCCAUCGGAUGACUUUAACGAUCGUUUAGUGUUUAUCGAUUGUUCGAUGGACAGUAACCAUACCUUCUAUACCCCAAAGGAGUUGAGCAGUAACAUAUACUCUUACAAUGGCGCUUUUUUCGAGACUCGCGUUGAGAUGUACCAAUGGGUUAGCUUAAUGGGUCUAUUUGGCAUUCGCAAGGUCGGUGCCUUUAUUGAUCAUGCUGUUGUUGACCGUAGUUGGAUCAGUGCCAUGUUUUCUCCUGAGCGCAAUCCUGGAUAUUUCCCACAUGUACCGGGUGCAGGGCGUAAAUUCGCUCCUAGUAUGAAGUUAGGUGGUUAUUCCAUACCACCUGGUGCAUUCGUGGGUGUCCGUGGAGUCAAGCAACUGGAUUUGAUUGAUGACCAAUGGUAUCAACCCCUGGAGCUAACCUAUCCACUACCCGUUCCCACUGUUGAUCAUGUAAAUACCCAAGUAUAUGACAAUGCGCUGUAUACUGGUGACCCAUUUAACCCUAAGGUGGGUGACCUCCGUAUAACAUUUUGGGGUAACAGUGCUACUCGCUUUAGUGCAAUUGGUCGGCAGCGAUCUAGCAUAUUCUUUAAGGAUACUGCACUGGCUCCGUUUACACUGGGCGACGAUACAGUGGUAUUGGUUGGUGAGGAGUCACAGACUCCCCAAGCACUGCUUACGGCUUAUUUCAGUCAGUUUGAGAGUACCCAGACUACCUAUUGGACCCUUCGCUUGGCAUCUCUGUUACUCAUCGCUUUUACCUUAUUUGUGUAUUACUCUAGUAUCAAGGCUCCCAAGACACGUACAACACUGUUUAUAUGCAGUUUAUGUGGCAGCGCGGUAGUAUUGCUCGCCCUUGAGGCUGUCAUUUGGGUUCGUUAUCGCAUUUACUUAUUCUUCCUGUUUGCUAUACUGAGUAUGGCUUUCAGUGGCGCGCUUAUGUCCAUUUGGAACAUGGACCCCUUAUCAACCUGGCAUCGUAUAGGCGAUGGCGGCUAUUUGGUAAGCCGUAGUACUGGGGAGUCCAUGGGCUGGUCCACGGCAACGCCUUCUGGUACUAUAUUAUCUAGUAGCAGUCGACCUUUAUUAAGUUCGAUAACGAUGUAACAUGUAUCU